CUCUUGUAACAUAUCGAAGGAACGAAAGCAAGGAGGGAGGGAGGAAGGGAGAAAGCUAGAGCCUCACCCCACGAUGGCGGCCACCAUAGACAGCAAUGCCGUCCAGGCACCCAAGAAAAAGCAUCUCGGUAUCCCCGAAGCAGUGUUCGUGGAGGACGUCGACUCAUUCAUGAAGCUGCCCGGCAACGAGAAGGCGGACUCGGCUCUGAGAAGACUGGAUGAGCAGUACCAAAAGUACAAAUACAUGGAAGUCAACCUAUCACAGAAGAAGCUGAGGUUGAGAAACCAGAUCCCACAGAUCAGACAGACGCUAGAAAUCCUGCGACACAUGCAAAAGAAGAAGGACACCACAGAGCCUUUGGAAACACACUUCAUGUUAGCCGACAACGUUUACUGCAAGGCUUCGAUACCACCCACUGACAAAGUGUGCUUAUGGCUCGGCGCAAAUGUCAUGUUGGAGUACGACAUUGACGACGCUCAGGCCCUGCUGGAGAAGAACCUGUGCACUGCCUCCCGAAAUUUGGAGACACUGGAGGAGGACCUAGAUUUCCUGCGAGACCAGUUCACCACCACCGAAGUCAACAUGGCACGAGUCUACAACUGGGAUGUGAAGAGGAGGAGCAGAGAGAGCCUCCUCAAAUCAUCAGAGAAAUCUUAAUCCAGAUUAGAUGAAACACGGUCCCCUCUCACCCCACCGCCAAUGAUUUUUCUCUUCAAUCAGAAUGUGAGAUGGAUCGAGGGCUACGUUUGUUUUCAGAUCCAAAUGAACAAAUGACACUUUUUCAGUUGAUUACUGGGAGGGGGGGGAGGUCAUCUUAUGCUUGUGCUCCUUCUCCACCUAUUUUUACGUUUUUUUUCUUUGGACUCUAUUUAUUUGUCUAUCGUUAAAACACCAAGAGCAGCAGUGGGCCAUUAGACAAAACUGAAGUUUGUCACUUGGCAAAUAAACUUGACUUGGCAAUCUUUCAGUACAUGACACAUUAGUAUCCAAAGUAAAAAAAAAAAA